GUUAAGUGGAAACGCGAUCGCUUAAAAGAACGUUUUGACGUCGACGUUAGAGCGUGGAGAGUCACUCGUUGCCGAAAAGUCACGUCUUCGACACCACCAUGGGACGGACUGCAGAAAUCAGAUGUUUGCUAAUUUUACUUGGAUUUAAUUUAUGCUUAAAUUUAGUCCAAGCAGCUUUCGCAAAUGUUGGCGUGAAGUAUCAAGUUACACUCAACGUGUUUUCGGGUCGGGAAAAUCCGGAAUGGGAAGUAGACGAGACCAACUCCAUGUACCAACAACUGUCAUGGGCCGUCAACAGCGAGCGACCCACAGACAUCGAUGAGCGACACAUGGGCUACCAAGGUUUUGUUGUAAGAGCUACGAACGCCCACGGCCAAACGGCAUGGAAGACGGUCGGCCGCUACACGAGCCGGCGCAUUGAGAGUAUUCUCCUGAAGUCCUGCCCAUCUAGCGUGGGGCUCAGUCCUCAGCUGGUAAAUCACGUGAACGCCGCAAUUUUGGGACAGCUCCCACAAACUCCGCAACCAAAGACCGUUUCCAAAGCGCACGUGACGUAUAACAAUGAGGAGGACACGAUUAGCGUCAGCAUCCGCCAACAUUUCCUCGUGCGCCGGAAGCGUCAGGCCCAGAUGUGCGCCACGCGGUUUGCGCCGGAAAACUGGAACUACGCUUCAGUGCAGCGCAGAAACAACUGCUACAACUAUGCAACCAACAUGCAGACCAACACGUUUGCUCAGCCAGGCCGAGCAUCCGGUAGACGCUACACACAGACCACGCCGCAGGACGUAUACGCCGCUUCAUUGCGCGAUGGUUUGACGCCGCUCAGCAUACCGGACGCCGGAAGAGAGUGCCUGAUCGCCCUUGUGAUCUGGCCGGGUGAGGACUACCACUAUCUUCGCCUAGACAACGACGGAACCUGGUCCCAGAAGAGUGGCCGCACGCGCGCCCGUAACACCGACGACAGUGGAUUCACAAUCACGGAUCCCCGCAUGGCUGACACCGGUCCGUACACCGUGUUUGCCGGAUUCCUCGGCGUCGGCCCAAACGCCAACAUCCGAUAAUUCAUUCCCUGAACAAAAAAUGACUUCAAACCAGGCUAUUACAAUCAUGGAACGCUCUCAACUCGGUCACGUCUUUGACAUUGUGGAGAAUAAUAUUUAAUCGAAAACUUAUCAGAUAUGGACAUUUACUGUGCAAUGUUUAUGCUCGUGUUGAUGAUCGCAUUAGUGUUUAUGCAAUACCUGACCGGAGGGCCAUUGACAUCUAUACAGCUUCCUUCAACUGAACCCGUAGGCAUUGUUGACAAUCCUUGUGUAGUUUUUCAUAGAUGAUCAGCUUCUUGAAUAAAAUAUCUCGUUUUUUUGUGUAUACAGAGUGAAAAACAAUUAAGUUUUCAAAAUAAAUUCGUUUUUCAAGUGUAUAGCUUACUUUAAAUUAAUAUUUAUUCUUUUAAAUGAAUAUAUUAUAACAUUUAAUCAUAGCUUUUCGACAAUACAAUUUGUACGCGUUUUUAAAUAUAAGUAGCAUUGUCCGAGCUAUUAAUUAUAAGUUUCUAAUUUUUAAAUAGCACUUAUUGUACUGUGCCAUUUACGGUUACGGCUUCUGCAAGUAAGCACAAAAUGAUAGAAAACUCUUUAUGGACACCACAUAUCUGAAAUGAUAUUUGUAUCAUUUAAUCUGAUUUAAGAACUUGAAAGCAACAUUACAAUGUUUAUUUUAUAGUCUCUAGUUUCAAUUUCGAAGAAAAUAUUAA